AUGUCAAACGCCGACAUAAUUUCUGACCCGGCGCGACUGAUCGCGGUUGCUGUUGCACGCGCCACGGCCAUUACACUCGUUGCCCCUCGCCCGCGUCGUCCCUCAAGAUGCUCCGUCGAAACCUCACCCGUGUCUCGCCGUGGUCGCUGCACGGGCGCAAUCGAGAACGUCGGCAAUCCGCUCGUUCAGCGCCACUGGUUUUCUCUCAAAGAGAGAAAGAGCGACAUCCGACUCCGAGGAAAACCCCAGAAAAUCCGAGAAAUCAAACAAGUCAAAUUCUCCAAGGUCACCCGCGAAGGGAAAGGCGAAGAGGGAAGGCAAACUCAAGUCUGUGAACCAAAGCACGUAAAGGAGAACCCUCGGUCAAAGAAUGACAAAGAAGACCCAGGAGGAAAACGAAGCCCCAGGCCGAAGAGGGAGCUUGGUUCAGAUGGCUAUGUGCCCAUGUCGCUCGCGGAAGCUAUGGCCGGAGAGGAGGGGCUGGAAACGGCUAGCAAAAAGGGCAGCAGGAACAGAGACAAACAGCUGGAGAUACAGGUGUUGGAACCCCAAGACCUCACAUUUGAGCCCGUCGACGUUGAGAUACCACCGGUGCCAAUGCUCUCGUACGGCCUCGAUCGUGUACUGUUCAAUCCUGGCGUCUACCGCCUGCAGGAUCCCCGGUCGCGCAUAUACAAUUUCGACCCGUAUCUCGAAAAAAUCAUGCCCGUCAAUGAGUUUGACUUCGAUGCUCUCAGCGAGUACAAAACUUCGUCCAAAGACGAGACCCUGUUGGAGUUGACCAAGCGGCUGGGCACCAAGUAUACUGGCUCCACCUCCAGCCACUCUCUUGAAAAACUCCUGACGUCCGACCGCAAGGAGUUUGAGUCUUUCCGUCGGUCGAGCCCAGAGCCGGCGCCCGCCGAAGACAACUCGAGCAGAUGCUACCAUUAUUCCAAGCAGGGCAACCUACUCAUGCGAUCGCAACUCGACGCCCAUGAUCCGCGACUACCAGGAACUGGAGUAUUUGACUUGAAGACGAGGGCAGUAGUCUCCAUUCGCAUGAACCACAAGGAGUAUGAGUCAGGCACGGGAUAUCAGCUGCGUUACGCUCAGGGCGAGUGGGAGUCAUUCGAGCGAGAAUUCUACGACAUGACACGUGCGACCAUGCUGAAAUAUUCGCUUCAAGUACGCAUGGGCCGCAUGGACGGCAUUUUCCUCGCAUAUCACAACAUUGAGCGCAUCUUUGGUUUCCAGUAUUUGCCCCUUGGGGACAUGGACAGAGUGCUACAUGGUCAGGAGGAUACUCGGUUGGGCGACCAAGAGUUCAAGCUUUCGGUAGCCUUGGUCGACGAGCUGCUCGGCAAGGCAACAGCUGCAUUUCCUGAAACUACAAUCCGCUUGCACUUUGAGACGCGCGAUGCCAAGGUGCCAUUCAUGUACGUCUUUGCUGAGCCGGUCACGGAAGAGCAAGCAGACGAGCUUCAAAGCAAGGGAGAAGCUGCUCAGAAGCACUUUGCUCGCACUGUGGUAGGCUUGGGUAAGAACCAGGAAGAGUGGCAAAACAUACAAGACGAGGUCGACGAGCAAGUGGAUGAAGACGAGGGCGGCGAAUUGGUAGAGGAGAGUGCAGAGAAGUCGACGCAGGAAGAGGACGCCACCGAGACUGCCGAAGAGCCUAGCAGUGACGCCAAUGAAGGUCAAGUCGCUGAAGGUGUAGACGAAAUCGAAGUCGAUGAAAGUGUCGAGGAAAGCGAAGUCGAUGAAGACGUCGAUGAAAGUGAAGUCGCGGAUGGCGAAAACCCUCCAACCGAUGCUGCCGAGGAAGCAACACCAAGCGGGCCGCUAAUGGGAUGGACUCUAACCACGCGUAGCAAGGUCAACGGCUGCUAUGUUGACCGACCAAAGACGAAUGGCAACUGGAAUACCACACUCCAAGAAAUCCCAGAAGCGUCGCGAUGGAGGUUGUACGAAGCGGUCAAAGAGCGACGUCGCGGCCUCAUCGGCCAAGAAGAACAAGAAGUCGACAAGAGCCUGCAAAACUACCGGGCCUUGAUCCAGCGCUUCAGCAAUAGAGGUAGAGCUUGGAGGGAGGAGCAGGAUAAGAUGAAUGAGGAAAUGGGCAUCCAGAUAUACAAGCCCAUGGGACCUGGAUCCGAAAACGCCGUACCGACGACUGUCGAGAUGAAAGCGACGCCAGAAAAGACGAACUGA